GCCAUUUGUCAUUUCAUUUAUUUGGUAGUGACUGUAGAGACAUUUCUAGGUUUUCUAGUUUAUUCGAAGUGACAAGAUGUCUUUAUCGCUGCUACCUCGUAUCGAGCAGUUGUCCUCUCGUGUGGUGCGUGUGCUCGGCUGUAACCCUGGGCCCAUGACGCUACAGGGUACAAAUACCUAUUUGGUGGGCACUGGUCCGAGGAGAAUUCUUAUAGAUACUGGGGAACCUUCAGUACCAGAAUAUAUCAGCUGUUUGAAGCAAGCACUCUCUGAAUUCAGCACAGCCAUCCAAGAAAUCAUAGUUACACACUGGCAUCAUGACCAUACAGGUGGUAUCACUGACAUAUGUAGAGAUGUCUCAAAUGGUCCUAACUUUGCAAUUAGUAAACUUCCACGUAAUCCGCAUAAAGAAGAAGUAAUAGGAGCAGGAGAACAAAAGUACAACUAUCUUAAAGAUGGAGAUAUGAUAAGCACUGAAGGAGCAACACUAAGGGUAAUUUAUACACCUGGACACACUGAUGACCAUAUGGCUCUGCUGCUGUUGGAAGAAAAUGCUGUGUUCUCUGGUGACUGCAUUCUGGGAGAAGGCACAGCUGUGUUUGAGGAUCUCUAUGAUUAUAUGAAAUCCCUAGAAAACCUGUUGGACGUUAAGGCUGACAAAAUCUAUCCUGGUCAUGGUCCAGUUGUCCAAAAUGCAAUAACAAAAAUUCAGGAGUACAUUUCCCAUAGGCAGGCCCGAGAACAGCAAAUCCUUCAAGUGCUCCAAGAGAAUGCUGGCAAAUCACUCGCCUCUAUGGAACUCGUCAAAGUUGUAUACAAGGAUACACCUGAACAUUUGCACCAAGCUGCAGAAUUUAACCUUGUUCAUCAUUUGCAUAAGCUAAAGAAGGAAGGGAAAAUAGUGCAAGAUCAUUCACCUAUUGUCAAAUGGAAAAGUAAUUUGUGAAUCAAAGAAGCUUAAAUUACAAUAUGAGGUUUUAUUCAGUAGAAGAAAGUAGAUAAGAGAAAUAAAAUGAUACAAUCUGCUGGGUAAUAUGUUUUUGUAAUUAAAGUAUAUACUAAUAUAAAAUGCAUAUUUUUAUAAUUGUUAAUUUUUGCACAUUUUUAAUCCCAUUGUUUUUGUUAAAAAGUAAGCCUAUUGAGUGAAAGUGUAUUUUUUGUUGUACAACCAUCAGGUAUGUAUAUAUGUGAUGCCUUGCAAAUUCCAUUCAAGUAUCACACACACAAAUACAAAUCUGUUAAAUAAAAAUAAAUAAAUAGAAAUA